AUGACAAAUGAUGAUGUUCACGGCAGUGGUGACUGUGAUGAUGAUGAUGAUGAUGUUGAUGCUGGUAACGAUAGUUAUGAUAAUGUUGCUGAUGUUGUUGGUGAAAAUGAGGAUGAUGAUAAUAACCAUAAUGAUGGUGAUGAUGAUGAUCUUUGUAAUGGUGUUGGUGAUGAUGAUGAUGAUGGUGAUGAUUGUGGUGAUUUUGGUCGUGCUGGGGAUGAUUGUGUUAGUGGCAAUGUUGAUUAUGGCGGUGAUAGUUGUGGUGGUGAUGAAGUUGGAAGUGGUAAUGAUGAUGGUUGUGAUGGUAGUGGUGGUGAGGGUGCUGUUCAAGAGAGUAAUAAUGUAGUGCACAGGAAAAAAGAAAAGACAGAAAGCUGCAAUUUCAGUGAGAAAAGAAAACAAUCAGACUUGUGCUGA